AGCUACGAGUGGUAUUGGUCAGUGAUCUGAACGUCAGAGCAGGGCCGGUCGUCGCCGCGGCUAUUUUUCUUCCCUUCCUACUUUUACCACUUUUACUACUACUACUAUUACUACUACACUACUACUACUACUACUACUACUAUUAUUAUUAUUAUUAUUAUUAUUAUUAUUAUUAUUACUAUUACUAUUACUAUUAUUACUAUUUCUCUUAGUUUUCGUCCUCAUCUUUCGUCCUACGUCUUCGUUAUUUCAUUAUUUUUCGUUUUUAUCGUUUCAUUUUAUUUUUUCUUCUACCUCCCUUUUUUCCUCCUCCUCCUCCUUAUCCUACUCCCUUCUCGCCCCCACCUUUUCCUUCUCUCUUCUUUCCAAGAAAUCAAGAUCGCGCUCUUCGCCGUUCUUGUUCAGUUCGUUUUGCGUUACAUUAAGAUUUUCUUUUUCUCCUUUUUUUUGUUUUCCUGUUCUUCCUUUUUUUUCCUUUUUCUUUUUUGAUUCUUUCUCUCACACACACAUACACACACACAUACACAUACACACCAUCCAUCGUCGAGGGACAAAAAGAACGGAUACGUAUUAAAGGUGCAUAUAUAUAGAUAUAUAUAUACGAUAAUACAUACAAGUGUGCUACAGUGGUGUUACCAGUGAAGAUUGGAAAAAAAGGAAAGAAGAAAAAAGAAGAGCAGAGAGAAGGAGGAGGAAGAAGAAAAGAAAAGAAAAGAAAAGAAAAGAAAAGAAAAAAAAAAAGAAAACCGCUCCUUCGUUGGCAACGCUGUUUUUCUACGAAGAGAAAUUUUUUUUUCUGUUCUUUUUUUUUUUUUCCACAAUACAAAUCUCAAAUCCCAACGAGCAACGGACACGACUCGGUGUGAGAGAAAGCGGCAGAACCAGUUCACAAGGCGGAAAGAUAGCGGCGACCUUAUCGAGAGAAAUAUAACGCAAGACAAUUGGAAGGUCGAGAAUUAGAUCAAGAUCGACGACGAAUAAGGAAAGAAAAGUUAUAGAAAAUGAUUGAAGGAAAUGAAGACGCGGAAUAAGAUAAGAAAAAAAAAAGAAAAAAAAAAAAAGAAAAAAUAAAAAACAAAAAUAAAAAAGAAAGAAAAAAUAGGGAGGAAAGGUAGAGAAACGUGGAAAAGUUAAGUGGAAGAUAGAAGUUAGAGAUGUGGCUUACCGCAUACUCGGCACUCCGUACGUCACCGGACGCGAAAGGAUAAAUACCUACGAUUAGCGAUUUAUUUGAAUUCCCGAUGCACGCCUCUUUAGUCCGGGUCCCUUCGAUACAUGCCGAUUGCGCCUUGCGAGAGCACAAGUUUGCCCUCUUCUCUAUCUUUCUCUAUCUUUCUUUUAAAGCCUUAAGAGACUCUACUAGCAUCCUCCGGCACCACCUUCACCUCCUCCACCUCUAUCUGUACCUACACCUCAACCUCCUCUCUUUUCAUCUUUUUCUUCUUUCUUCUUCUUCUUUUUCUUCUUCUUCUUCUUCUUCUUCUUCUUCUUCUUUCCUCAUCGUCGUCGUGCUCGGUCGCAAGGAGCGUGCGGUAUGCGACUGCUGCAGGCGCGAUUACCCACGACGUGGAUUGUCAAAACCUCCGAGGAGGCACGUGGUUUACCGUUAAGCCAGGUCUUCUUCGCCUAUCGAAUAUUCGACCUUAGACCUGGCGACGUUGCUGUGGCGUGAACGCGGAAAUGCAGAUGUAUACUCGAACGAGAAAAUACAAAACAAGAUUUAAGAGACGACGAGAAUAAAUUAACGAAGGAUAAGGGUGACGAAAAAAAAAAAGAAAAAUAAGAGGUGAAACCGACGAGAUGAUGCAUUCGAAUUAAACGGGAGCAUGGAGCUUAAAGAAGUGAAGUUGGAUUUGCAGGAGCAGCAGCAGAAGCAAGAACAAGAACAACAAGAACAACAAGAACAACAAGAACAAGAACAACAACAAGAACAGAAACAGAAGCAAGAAGAGUAGCGCUGAGAAAGGGACCUGGAGGAAGAGGUCCUGGAGGAAAGAACAGGGAUUAACCUCUCGAGGAGGACGAGAGGAAGACGUCAUAGUCCGUCUCGCUUGGACGGCUAGGACGAUGGCUGCAACUGAUGGUCAAAUUGUCGUGGCGGCCGCACGUUGGGCCGAGGAAGCGACAUAUUUGCGCGAAUUUGUCACUAAAUAUCGUCUACCGGCUGUAAUAAAGAUUACAAAGGGUCAAUAUGGUGGUCUUGGUGUACCAACCCUUCCAGCCCCGAGUCUUCAAAGUACGGCAUUGUUAUUGUCAGCAGGCCGUAGGCGCAAAAUUGUGGCACAGGCUGUUAAAAUCAAGGAAGGACGUAGAGUUGUUGGGGUUGGGCCAAGAUUAGCUAUUCCAGACUCCUACGCCGGAUAUUUUGAGAUUUUGAGCGAAGAAGGUCGAGCGGUCCGUGGAAUCGAGUCUGUGAACGAACUCUCCCGAAGAUGCCCGGAGGAGGGAGCCUUGGUACGUGAAACGGUACGUGGUAUAGCUUGCAGAGUGGAUGACGAAUCUGGAAUCGUCGUGCCCGAAGGAACGAGAACUCUGGCAGCUGGUGAGACAAUUGUGACGGCCGGUGAAGUGGCAUUACCAGGUCGCGGACGUUUCUUACGUUGCGUCGACUGUCGAGGAGAGAGCAUACUUUUGAGCAUGGAACAACGUGGACGCUUCAGCGCACUCGCCAGAGAGGAUAACAUUAGCGGCGUUCACACGGCUAAGGCAUUGCUGAGCAAACGGCUACCACUAACGGUUAGAUUGGUCCACGGGCAGCCACCGAGAGGCUUGAAAUCAUCGUCCCAGUUCGUGCCGGAGCUAAGGCUCCUUUCGACCUUCGAGGAGGAACACGUGUUCGCAUUGCCCUUACAGAGAGAGGGAGCAGCGGUGGCGUUGCCAUUGGCGGCACCUUUGAAGUUGGUCAAGGCGAGAAACGAGGAGGCACUUAGAUUGAUGCAAGAAUUUACGAGGUUGAUCGAACGAGCCUCACGGCUCGUAGCCGACGUUGCCGAUCGUGCACACGUUCUAGACGGUCGCUUGGGCGAGAGUAAGCCCUCGAGACAGACCAGAAGUGCAUCGGGAUUUCUAAGGCGAUCUUCUGCCAACUCGGAAAAUGCUCCUCUUGGACAUCAUAGGAACAACAACAGCAGUCAUCAUCAUCAUCAUCAUCAUUAUCACAGUAGCAGUCAUCAGACAUCCUCCGGUCAUGUCGGAUACCGGGACGAAAAUCGCGUGCCACCUUCUUCCUGCACCGAGGAUUACGACGAGAUAGAUCAGAUUUACGAUUACGUUCGUGGCUUCGCGCCCUUACCCAAAAGCGUCAGGUCCCCUUACGAAAGCCCAUUAAAUCCCGGCCAAAGUUCCAGUCCACCUUUGACACCUGUCACCGUUACGAUCGCCCCAUUGUUAGACGAUAGACCGGAACCACCACCGAUCGAGACAAUCCCAACGAAGAAGAUUCAAGCUGAAAAGAGAACGAGGCGAGCGGUUAAGGAAGCUCCACAGCCGAAACUCGAGAAGCCACCAUUGGCAAAGUUAUACGUUAAAAAUAGCGGCACCCAGAGAGGACGUCCUUUGAUGAGGCAAAAGAGUGCAUCACCUUUAAAGGAGACACCGCCAGGUUAUAAAGGUGGUUCUCCUCUAUUCAAUAUACGUUAUAAAAGUCUGACAAAUUUGCAACAGGCUAUGGAACUGGAUGGGACUCUAGAUUCUAGCCAUUCAGGUGGUAGGACGUCCGGUGAUUCCGGUGCGGGUGCUAAACUUCCAGAAAAGAGAUCGCGACGUUUAAGCAGACCACGUUCUUUGACGAACUUAGUCUGGGAACUUCGAGGUGGAAGCGGGCUUGGAUGUACGAGACCGGAAACGCCACCACCCGCGACCACGGCACCAUUACCACCGACCAAGUGCGGACCCCGUUUGGCUGUCACGGUCGUAGCACCUCGACGAGUCGGCACGCUCUACCUCUAACUCAUCGAUAGACGAAGGGCUGAAGAAGGCAAGAGAGCGGACCAAUAGAAGAUAUCGGACUCUUCUUUAGUCUCCGACUAAUCAAAAAUUCAUAGCCAGAGAGAAAGAGAGAGAGAGAGCAAGAGCAAAAGCAAAAGGGAUAAAAAAAAGAGAAAAAAUACAAAGAAGAGGAAACAAUAAAGAGAAGAGAGAGAGAGAGAGAGAGAGAGAGAGAGAGAGAGAUAAAACUGAUUGAGAGAGACAUUUUUUAUUAAGUAACUUAUACCCGUGAAAGUCAGCCAUCCAAACUCAUCGUUUCUAUUCGAUCAUUUAACGAACAUAAUACGAUCUCUUAUAGAACGAGAGAAAUAAAGAAAUAGAAAUAAAAUAAAAAGAAGAAUAGGAAAGAGAGAAGGAAAGAAUAGGAAAAGUUCGAAAAAAAACUUAUACU